AACUUCAAUUUUAUACACAGGGCAUAAACAUACGUAAGAAGCUUGGCAAUGAAUGAGAAAUACAGCAGUAUUAUAUGCUACUUGUGACUUUUAAGUUUGUAGUUAACUACAAUGUACAGAAUUACAGCUGCUACAACCCUCAGGAACAAGAAGUUGAGAGAAUUGUUUAAAAAAAGGCUGGUUGAACCUACCGUGUACUGUGUGUUUACAACAAAUCCGAACCCACUGCCAAAUGACGUAUCAAAUAUUACGGUUAAUAAGCUUGAUAAUGACGGACUUCAACGUUUGGCCAAGUUGUUUCCGAAACGUGAAGAAUUUCCAGCUCGCCACAUUGGACCCAGAGAUCAUGAACAGACACAGAUGUUGGAACUGCUUGGAUUUAGAACUCUCGAUGAAAUGACAGACAUGGCUGUUCCCGCAAAAAUUAGACUUAACAAAGAUUUGGAAAUUGAAGAACCGGUGGGAGAGUACGAACUGAUCAAACGUAUCAGAGAGAUAGCCGAGAAGAACAAGAUAUGGAGAAGCUACAUCGGAAUGGGUUAUAAUAACUGCUGUGUGCCACACACCAUCAUGAGGAAUAUAUUUGAAAAUCCUGGCUGGACAACUCAGUAUACACCUUACCAACCAGAGGUUGCCCAAGGCCGCCUGGAAGGGCUCCUGAACUAUCAGACAAUGGUCACUGAUCUCACUGGUAUGGAAGUGGCCAAUGCUUCCUUGCUCGAUGAAGGCACUGCGGCAGCUGAAGCCAUGAGCCUCUGUCACAGACAUACCAAGAGACGGCGCCUGUUUCUUUCUGACCAGCUUCACCCUCAGACGGUGUCCGUGGUCCAGACUAGAGCCGACUCACUGGGACUUACAGUUGAGCUGGGAAAUGUGUUUGCGGCAGACUUUUCGAAUCGAGACAUUGCUGGUGUGCUGUUCCAGUAUCCAGAUACUGGGGGUUCUGUCCAUGACUACUCAGAAGUAGUACAGAGGGCUCAUUCCAAUGGCACUCUGGUCUGCUGUGCUACAGACCUGCUGGCAUUAACACUGCUCCGCCCUCCAAGUGAGUUUGAUGUGGACAUUUCUCUUGGAACCAGCCAGCGGUUUGGAGUGCCUCUUGGCUACGGCGGUCCACAUGCUGGUUUCUUUGCUUGCAGACAAUCACUGGUCAGACUAAUGCCAGGCCGUAUGAUCGGAGUCACCCGGGACGCAAGUGGGCGCGAUGCGUAUCGCCUGGCCUUGCAAACCAGAGAACAGCACAUCAGGCGAGAUAAGGCCACCAGCAACAUAUGCACAGCCCAAGCAUUGCUGGCCAACAUGUCGGCCAUGUACGCUGUAUACCACGGACCGCACGGACUGAGGGAGAUCGCAACCAGGAUCCACAAAUCCGCGCUGCUCUUGAGCGAAGGUGUUAAGGAAGGUGGAAACACUGUUACCAACCACAUAUUCUUCGAUACAAUACGAAUUAAUCCAGCGAUGGAUCAGGGCGAGAUUCAGCACAGAGCACGCCAGAAGCAAAUCAAUCUAAGAUUUUAUCCUGAUGAAACGGUAGGUGUCUCUCUUGAUGAAACAGUUACCAUUCAAGAUAUUGAGGACCUGCUCUGGGUUUUUGGUUCAAGGUUAUCAGCUGAAGAGGUGGCUGGUAGUUGCGACAUGAACGAAGGCAGCAUAUUUCAGUCAAGUUUUCGCCGCACGUCUCCAUACCUCACUCACCCAGUGUUUAACUCAUACCAUUCAGAGACCCGUAUUGUGCGAUACAUGAAAACUUUGGAGAAUAAAGAUGUCUCUUUAGUGCACUCAAUGAUACCUCUAGGAUCUUGUACUAUGAAACUUAACAGUACCACAGAGAUGAUGCCAUGCAGCUUCCAGCAUUUUACCGACAUACAUCCAUUUGCACCACUCGACCAGUCACUUGGCUACCAGCAACUUUUUGAAGAGCUACAACAAGACUUAUGUGCCAUCACCGGUUAUGACAGAAUUUCAUUCCAACCCAACAGUGGGGCGCAAGGAGAGUACGCUGGACUGAGCGCCAUCAAGUGUUAUCACGAGGCACGCUCAGAAGGACAUCGUAACAUCUGCCUCAUUCCAGUAUCUGCUCAUGGAACUAACCCUGCCUCUGCACAAAUGGCUGGUAUGAAGGUGGAACCAAUAAACGUAUGUCGUGACGGAAGCAUCGAUAUCUCGCAUCUCGCUUCUAAGGUCGAAAAGCAUGGAAAAAACUUGGCUUGCCUCAUGAUCACAUAUCCAUCAACAAAUGGGGUGUUUGAAGAAACUAUCGCUGACGUUUGUCACAUGAUCCAUGACAAUGGUGGACAGGUAUACCUUGAUGGAGCUAACAUGAAUGCACAAGUUGGCCUAUGCCGUCCAGGUGACUAUGGUUCUGAUGUAUCUCAUCUGAAUCUCCAUAAAACAUUCUGCAUCCCCCACGGUGGCGGAGGGCCCGGAAUGGGACCAAUCGGAGUAAAAGCUCACUUAGCACCAUUCUUACCCACACAUCCUGUGGUGAAUCCAAUGGCUGACAUGGGUCGCCAUUCCAAAUCAUUUGGAGUUGUAAGUGCGGCGCCAUUUGGAUCAUCUGCAAUUCUUCCCAUCUCAUGGGCGUACAUUAAGAUGAUGGGACCACGUGGACUUAGGAAAGCCACUCAGGUGGCAAUUCUGAAUGCCAAUUACAUGAGUAAAAGGUUAGAAGGUCAUUACAAGACAUUAUUUAAGGGCCAGAAGAGUUCUCUCGUAGCUCAUGAAUUCAUUCUGGAUGUUCGAGAUUUCAAGAAGACGGCUAACAUUGAAGCAGUUGAUAUCGCUAAGCGGCUCAUGGACUAUGGUUUUCAUGCACCUACAAUGUCGUGGCCUGUUUCUGGAACUCUGAUGAUCGAGCCAACCGAGUCCGAAGACAAACAGGAACUGGACAGGUUCUGCGAUGCCUUAAUUUACAUCAGACAAGAAAUAAAUGAAAUAGAAGAGGGGAGAAUGGACAUUCGCACCAAUCCACUAACAAUGGCUCCUCACACGCAAGCACGGGUUAUCUCAAAUGACUGGAACCGACCGUACACAAGGGAACAGGCUGCAUUUCCAGCUCCAUUUGUUCAUCCUGAGACAAAAGUGUGGCCGAGUGUCGGAAGAAUUGAUGAUAUAUACGGAGAUAAACACCUUGUCUGCACUUGUCCACCAAUUCUACCUGCUUACUGAUGUGAAACUUGUCAUGUUUUGUACUAAAUAAGAUUUUCCUUUUUUUAUUUUUCAUAUUGUUUUACUUCAAGUUUUGCUGAAAAAUAAAGAUAUUUUGUUCGAUUCUUA